CAAUCAUCUCUUUCUUGUCUUGUUCCAUGACCACGGCCAAUCUACCGAGAGAGAAGGCGAAAGCUCCUAAAAGCUUGCAGAGUGCUCGGCGAUCAGUGCUCAAGGAGAAAAUCUCGACUCCUGUCAGCUUUCCAACCAGACAUACACCUAGCAUUGCUCCUCCCAAAAAGGUGAUCAAGGCUCUCUACGAUUACAAGGCUAAAGGUCCCCAUGAACUUUCUUUCUCACAGGGCGAUUUCUUCCAUGUUGUUGGAAAGGAAAACGAUCGACAAUGGUAUGAAGCCUGUAACCCUGCAACCAAUUCAAAGGGCCUGGUUCCAGUUAACUUUUUUCAAGUGCUUGAAAAGGCAGAGCGUAUCCUGAGUGACAAUAACUCCAUUCCUACCAAUCCACAUUCAAAAGACUCUGGAUUCGGUGAUAUUCAUGACAGCAACCAAUCAUCAGCUAAACGUAUGCAACCACUCUACGGUAUCGUUUUAUUUGAUUUCCAAGCGGAACGAGCAGAUGAACUCCAAGCGAAGGCCGGAGAGCCUAUCAUUGUCAUUGCGCAAUCCAACCUCGAGUGGUUUGUAGCCAAGCCAAUCGGACGCCUGGGUGGACCAGGCUUGAUACCAGUUUCUUUUGUGGAGAUUCGCGAUGCGGUGACUGGCAGGACCAUCACCAAUGUAGCCGAUCUCAUGCAAAAUCCCUCUACUCCCAUUCCAAAAGUUGAAGAAUGGAAGAAAAUGACUCAGGGGUACGAAUCUAGCAGCAUCUUACUUGGUUCUAUUGAAAAGCAAAAGCAAGUCCCAGACCAACUACAAAGACCUGAGCGACCACCUACUGUAGGUGAAAUGCCACCGCUCAUGCAAACUUCACAACAAUAUGGCCGACACCCUGAUGACCUUGGCGAUGAAGAAGAUGUAUACGAUCAUUAUCAUGGUGAAGACGGCAUUUUAGACGCUUAUGGCAUGCAGCAUUUAGCCAGAAUAUCCGAAGAUAGUCUGACUCUACCAAAGUCGCGCUCCAAUUCUCCUUUGAAUGACCACGAUGCUUACACUGACCAAUACCGCGAUGAAUCGUCCCUUGUGACUUCAGCUUCUGUGGAUUCUUAUAUUCUGGAAGGUGACCAAUAUUGGUUCAUUGUUUAUGCUGAUCUAGCCAAUGGUCGACACAGAGUCUUGUAUCGUUUGUAUGAAGAUUUCUAUGACUUUCAAAUCAAUAUGCUACACCAAUUCCCUAUUGAAGCUGGAAAGAAGAGUAAGGAGAGAAUUCUUCCUUAUAUGCCAGGUCCAUUGGCUGAAGUAGAUGAAACGAUCACAGCUGAAAGACGUCGUGAUUUGGAUAAGUAUUGUAAGGACCUCCUUGCCUUGCCAAAUUAUCUUGCUGAAAGCCCCAUCGUGCAAGAUCAGCUAUUUGGCAUCAAUGACGGUGACAUUGAAACCGACUAUGACCCGCGUACAGGCAGAUCUUCUCGAGAUUCUUACUCAGCAGCCAUGGAUAGUUCGGCUUAUCAACACCAGCCAUCGCCACCGCUAACCACUAAGGCAGAAUCUACAACCCCUUCUGUUGCCCAGCCUGAACCAUCGCAAUCAGAAGCUUAUGAGGAUAAAUUACCUACACGAAAGCCUUCAUCCGCUGGUAAAAAGGUGUCCCCCAACCGUGCACCCCCUGGAGGACAACCCACUCAAUCCACUGUCAAAGUUAAAAUUAUAUAUCGAGAUGAUAUUAUCGCUUUCCGUGUACCAGCCGAUUGUCGUUUUGGCCCUCUGAGCGACAAGAUUACCGAACGUCUCGGUUUUGAACCUCUUUUGACUUACAAGGACGAAUUGUCCGGCGAGAGACUUCCUCUCGAAAACGAAGCGGAUAUGGAUGAAGCAUUCCAAGGUGCAUUGACGUCUGGCAAACUCACAGUCAUUGCAUCCUGAUACACUCUCUCACAAAUUUAUAUUUUUCCCCCCAAUCAUUUAAUAUAAUAAUCUUUUCACGCAUGUCCUUGUACAUCAACAACCAUGAAAUAAAUGCAUGCGUUCUCCCUUCCAACGUUUUCCAAAAAAAAAGAGAUUAUUUAUAUA